UUUGGGGGCCGGUUUAGAUUUUUAACAUUCUGGAACUUGUUUGUUGGUUCCACUUUUUGGAUAUUGUACGCCAUAGAUAGGGAGGUGAUAUAUCCAAAGAGUCUCGAUGCCAUUCUGCCAUUUUGGUUCAAUCAUUUGCUGCAUUCGAUAACAAUCCCUCUAACACUGGCGGAUCGAUAUAUCAUCAAAACCUGUUACCCUGAAUUCAAGCGGGGAAUUUCCGCCACUCUCCUCUUCAUGGCUACAUAUUUAUUAUGGCUACUUUUUGUAUCGUCUGUCAGCGGUGUUUGGGUUUAUCCAAUAUUCAACGUUCUUGACACAACAAAAAAGACAAUCUUUAUUCUUAUUUGUGCUCUUUUAUUUUCCGGUUUCUAUGGAGUAGGAAAUGCAUUAAAUAAAUUAUUAUGG